AUGUUUCUCAUUCACCAGCAAGAUGCUCAGUCUCUUAUAAGUAAUAAACAAAUUGGAAUCGAAUUUCACAUUGAUGAAAAAACUCAGCAAAUUGUCGGAUCAUUUUAUAACAAUAGCAUGAUUUACGAGUUUAACUCUCUUGGAUCUAAUGCAAUCUUGGACUUCGUCACAGUAGAAAUUACGGAUGAAAAAUUCAAACUUAUUUCAACGAAAAACUAUAUUGGAAAGACCAUCGAAUUCGAAUAUUCCGAGGAUGGUGGAAGUGUAGACAUGGGAGCAACCAUUGAUGGCAUUAAAAUCUCAAUAAGUUUUGCAAACGGUAAAACUGCUACAGUUAUGUACAGCGACGAAACAUAUCAGUUGGAAAAGGAUGUACAACCUGAUGCUUCGCAAAUCUCACCAAUGUUCUACAGAAUCAAUCCAAAGUAUGCAAGACAACCAGUCCAGAAAGCCAACAUGUCGUUCAUUGAUCUUUUCAAACAGGCAAUUGAACCAUACAAGCGAUAUUCAUACAUUAUUUACACAGCAACCUUCAUAUUAUUCAUUGAGUUUAUCUUUAUAUGCUCAGGCUUCUGCUUUAAGAGAAAUAAAUAUCCAGAAAAUAAAGAGGAACAACCAGAAGAAAAGGCUGUCUCUAAGGAAGAUGAUUCUGAAAAAGAAGAGGAAUCAAACGAUGAAAAAGGAGAAAAAUUCAGCGACGGAGUUGAUGAUGAUGUUGAAGAUGACGAUGAUGGUGAUGCAAGCCACUAA